UACCAUGUACAGUGGUGGACGAGGUCGGUCCAUGGGACGGCCACAGCCUCAGACCCUGGGGCAGAGACCCACGGGCUACAUUGGAUACGGCAGACUUCAGGAGUGGGUGCGAGUGAUUGACCGGCCCUCGGAGUUGUUAGUCUGGAUGAUGUCCAAUGUUCCAGAGCUAAAUACAUUUUUGAAUGGAAGUGUCAUUAGACCUGACUGGAUGAGAUUAUUUUUAAUCUGUCUUGAGGCCGUGUUACAAGUACAAACCGGUAGUGAAAAAAAGCGAAGGGUUGACACCAUUGUUAAGUAUAUCCAAGAGACGGCUCGAAUAAUUCCGUCUGUAGUCAUGUCUUGCCAUGAUGUGUUAAUUUUUAUUAUCAAUAAUUAUAAAAAUCUGGAUUGUGACGUUCAGCUCUUGAACAAUACAGUUAAGUGUUUUAACUCUGCCGAAAAUGUAAAGUUAAAAAAAGAAAAAAGUCGUUUGAGAAAAUGGAGGGACAGCGAUGACCCACCGGAUGACAUCAGGGAUUUGUCCAUCUUCCCCACGAUGAAAGACAUGGAGAAAGAUUUCCAACCUUUCCUGAGAGCCAACAAAGUCCGCAGCGCCUACCGAGACAAGGAACAUUACUUCGAUGUCAUGUUUCGCCUGAUGCGGGAAGAUUUCAUCCAACCGCUUCGAGAGGGCAUCAACCGCUACAGAUUGCAAGGCUCGGCAGACUUGGGGGAUGACAUGAUCUUCUACGAAAACGUCCAGAUUGUCGGCGUGGAAAUUUUCAACGGCAUUGAGCACAUUCUUCUCUUGGAUAUGAACAGGCUGAAAACCAUUCGAUGGAACUCAGACCAGCGGUUGAUUUUCGGAAGUCUUGUCUGCUUAUCUAAAGACAACUUCAAGACUAUUAUAUACGCCACCGUUUCACAGAUGGACCGAGACGAAUUGAAAAGGGGCGUCCUAAGGGUUCGGUUCCAGAACUGUCUUGAAGACGUGUAUCAGUUCUCGACAGAGGACAGCCUAACCAUGACAGAAAACCCCUCGUUUUUUGAGGCGUAUCGCCAUGUGCUGGAGGGCCUACAAGAAAUGAUGGAAACCUCCCUGCCCAUGGAGAACUACCUUGUUCACUGUGACAACCAAAUCGAGCUACCAUCGUAUGUGAACAAUUCAACCACCUACGACUUGUCCUGUAUUGUAAGAGAUAGCGGAUUACGACAAAGUCUAUUGCGACAACAGAAUAUGUAUCGAGUACUACAGGAAACCACUUGGUCUACUAUGGACAGACUUUGUCUAAAUACCCAGCAACGUAAAGCAGUACAAAAUGCUUUAACUAAAGAAUUGUCUUUGCUUCAAGGUCCUCCUGGAACUGGUAAAACGUAUGUUGGCCUGAAGAUAAUGCAGAUAUUGUUUGCUAAUUGUCACGUCGUUGUCAGAGGCGUUAGAAAUGAUAAGUUUGGUCCAAUACUUGUCGUGUGUUAUACUAACCACGCCCUAGAUCAGUUUCUGGAAGAAAUGUUGAAGUUCUGUCCCCGUGGUAUAGUACGAGUUGGUGGGAAAAUGGACUGCGUUGCUCUGAAGAAGUUUAAUCUGAGUGAGCUGAGAAGGGAAAGCAGGGAUUCCCUCAGCAUGAGAAAUUGUAUCAGAGAUUGUCACCGUGUGAUGGACGCAAUAGGCGCAGAGAUUAUGGACUUGGUGUUUAAGAUGCAGAAAUCUCAGCUUGUUAUACAAGAAGAAAAUGUGUUACGUCAUUUUAUGACUGCUGCACAUCAGACACAAAUGUUGGGCAUGUCGACUACAAAAGGAUUGUCGACAUGGCUGAAUGCUUCAAGCAUUGACCUUGAGCAGCAAAUCAAAAACGCAGCAGAAGCUCAUUUGGUGAAGCUGUUCCUCGUUGAAGUUAACCCCCUGCCUGAUACUAACUUAAACUUCCGGUCCAAAAUUUCAACUCUAACUAAAAGGAAAGUUUACCAUUACUGGUGCACAAAAUAUAAACAAACAUUUGGGCCGCCUCCACAAUUAAAAAUGUUAUCUGAAGAUGUUUUAAAGUACUUAAUUUCCUCUCAAGUUUUGGACUCACUAAACAGAAUGAACCUAAGUAUAAGACAGUGGCUGCUUGGAACCAGUACUAAAGAUUUCCUUGAUGCCAUUGAGGAAAUCCAAACUGAGAAAGUUAAAACAGAUCUUAAGAUGUUUGAUGACGCGGACGAAUACGCUAGAAUCAGAGACCAGAGGGUGUUUGGUGACGAACAAGAUGACGAUCACGAAACUUCUGCGACAGAGAGCAGACACAGAAAGAGAGAAAUGACAAUCCUGCAGAGAGCCAAAGUGCUGGGAGUUGAUGUGACAGUUGAUGCUGCUGAAGACGGAACAGACCCAGCCAAAGAAUGGCAGAAGGUUCAGAAGAAGUUGUCGUUUGGGCAAGUGGUCAAGAAGCUUAAAGCAACAAAGCCUAUGUCAGAACGUGAAGAGAAGCAGGUGAACAACGUAUGGCUACUGGACAUUAACGACAGAUAUCGUCUGUACAAGCUUUGGAUUGAUAGGUAUUUGAAAAGUUUGAAUGGCAAAAUCAAAAGUUUAGUUGAAGAGUAUGACGAAGUUCUUGCCAGAAAAAUGGAGGUAAGAAAAAUGCAAGAUGUUGAUAUUUUAGAACAAGCCCAGGUCAUCGGAAUGACGACCACGGGUGCGGCCAAGCACAGAAAGCUUUUACAGGCCGUUAAACCAAGAAUUGUGGUUGUGGAGGAGGCAGCAGAAGUUCUUGAGGCCCACAUCGUCACGGCUUUAAGCGAACACUGCCAGCAUCUGAUCCUUAUUGGCGACCACAAGCAGCUGAGGCCGAAAACGGAAGUCUAUCAACUGGCGAAACAAUUCGGGUUGGAGAUUUCGUUGUUUGAACGUCUCGUGAACAAUGACGUCAGCUGUGUACAACUCACAGAGCAGCAUCGCAUGAGACCGGAAAUCUCUAAGUACAUGCUACACAUUUACCCCAAACUGAUAAACAGUGCAUCGGUCAAUAAUAGAGAAAACGUGAAAGGGAUGGUGAAAAAUAUCUUCUUCAUCAAACACAACCGAUCGGAGGGCACUGUUAAACACAGUAAAAGUAAACUGAACGAAUACGAAGCAAAUUAUCUGUUACGGCUAGCAGAAUACCUAAUCUACCAAGGCUACACACCUGAGGAGAUCACAAUUCUAGCCACUUAUGGCGGACAGGUGUCUCUCAUCAAAGAGACGAUGGUGAAUAAUUUCCCUGGAAACUCUCUCCAGAACAUCCGCGUGUCAACAGUGGAUAACUUCCAGGGUGAGCAGAACAAAAUUAUUCUCUUGUCUCUAGUGAGGAGCAACACACAGGAGAGUGUGGGCUUUUUGAGCACGGACAACAGGGUGUGUGUGGCUCUGUCCAGGGCGCAAUACGGCAUGUACGUCAUUGGGAACAUCGACCUGUUGGCACGGCACAGCGAGCUGUGGGCCAAGGUGAAGCGAACAGCAGAAGGUUGUGGGGAGACAGGCGAGAUUCUACAGCUCAGGUGUCACAGGCACCGGCGGAUGACGGAGAUCAAGGACGUCAAGGAUUUCUCUACUGCUAAAACUGGAGGCUGUGGGGAAGCGUGUGGUGCGAAUCUGCUGUGUGGUCACGUGUGUCCAUAUUUAUGUCAUGUAUUAAGUCACACGAAAGUCCCGUGUACACAGCCGUGCUUGAAAAAAUGCUCACGUAAUCACCCAUGUAGAUACAAGUGUGACCAGACGUGUCCGAAAUGUGUGGUUGUCUUUGAACACCAGCUGUCGUGUGGUCAUGUCGCAAGUAUCCCCUGCCACGACGAAGCAACUUUCUCCAUUGAUAAACACACCUGUAUGGAGCCUUGCAGACUGAAGUGUCAAAGAGGUCACCCCUGCUUGGCCAGAUGCCGGGAAAAAUGUCCACCCUGUCCUGAGACACUUCAGUGUGGACACAAGUGUGACGUCACACCCAGGAGAUUCAGCACAGGAUUAGCUCCAAGCUGUACUCAGCCUUGCCGGAAAGUUUGUAAACGUGGGCACAAAUGCCCAGCUAAAUGCCACGAAAUAUGCCCUUCUGUGUGCCAGAACAAGUUGCCUUGCGGUCACGAAUGCGACUUAGAAUUUAAAACUGAGAACAUUGGGAAAGUUGCUAAAGUUGUUUGCAGUAAACCAUGCCUGAAGAAAUGCCGAAAUAAUCACAGAUGCCCCGGAAGUUGCUCUGAUGUAUGCCCACCUUGCACUAAGCUAGUGGAAUACCACUAUCCCUGCAAUCAUAUACUGAAGCUGCCCUGCAAUGAGAAUGAGGUCUCAGAAAUUGGCAGAUGUCAAAAGGUGUGUGAGAGGACAUGCGCAAGGGGACAUAAAUGUGGACAGUCUCACCAUCUCAGUUGUCCACCUUGUCAACAACGGAUGAAGCACCUUGGACUCUGUGAGCACUGGAUAAGGUUUCAGUGUCACCAAAACAAGCUGGAGGUGGAGUGCAGUGAAUGUAAAUUGAUGGACGAUUUAGUAAGAAAAUACUCAGGCCUCAAUGUGACCAAGUAA